AUGAAACGAUUCAAUUUACGGCCCUCCGGCUAUGUAAAAAGAUUCACCCGAGGAGCACAAUGCAAGUGCUCAAACUAUCUACCGAAAGUCAGGUCUUUUUCCAAGCAAAGUACUUCUGGUAAUAUUCAGAGCCCUGGCGCUCUCACGGGGCUAAAAGUCCUGGAUAUUUCUCGAGUGUUGGCAGCUCCAUUCUGCACACAAAUUCUUGCAGAUUAUGGUGCUGAUGUUAUCAAAGUUGAAACUGUUGGCAAAGGUGAUGACACAAGACAUUGGAUGAUGCCAGGAGAGCCAGAGAAAUGGAAAGAAUCAGCUGGUCCCAUGUCGAAUUAUUUCUCUUCGGUAAACCGAAAUAAGCGAUCCAUCACCCUUCAUCUAAAGCAGCGUGAAGGAAAGGAGAUUCUCAGAAAACUCGCAAGAAAUGCAGAUGUCUUAAUUGAGAACUUCAAACCUGGCACUAUGGACCGCCUUGGCUUAGGAUAUGAAAGCCUACAAGAGGAGAACCCGAGGCUGAUCUAUGCCAGCAUUUCGGGCUAUGGAACCACUGGUCCUUACGCUAGCCGAGGAGGGUACGAUCCAAUAGCAGCAGCAGAAGCAGGCCUUCUUCACAUCACGGGGGAAAAGGACGGUCCUCCUGUACGCACAGGGAUCGGCAUGGUCGAUAUGGCGACGGGCCUGUAUCUCCAUGGCGCAAUACUCGCUGCUGUCUAUGCUCGUGAGCGCGAUGGAACUGGCCAGAGAGUGGAAACGUCGCUUUUCGAGACCCAGCUCAGCCUAUUGACGAAUGUCGGGCUUUCCUGGCUGAACUUGGGUAUUGAGGCACAGCGAUGGGGUUGUCAACAUCCUAGCAUCGCCCCAUAUGAUGCGUUUCAGACUAAAGAUGCAUAUCUUGUCUGUGGCGCUACCAACGACGCCCAAUUUGCAGCCCUCUGCAAGCUUCUAGGCCUUGAAAAUCUGAUCACAGAUGAGCGCUUCGUGACAAACCCCAAGCGGGUGGAAAAUCGUCAUCUACUGGGUCCAAUCUUCAGUAAGAUUUUCCUGAAUCGAACGACAAAAGAGUGGGUGUCGAUCUUUGAAAAGACGGGUCUGCCUUUUGGCCCAAUUAAUAAUAUGGAGCGAGCAUUUGAACAUCCGCAGGCGAUAGCGCGGGAUAUGAUUUCGAAUGUGAAACUAGACGCGGUGAGAUCUGGUGAGCUUCGACUCAUUGGGCCGGCGGUCAAGUUUAGUCGAACAAAGACGAAUUUGAAGAGAGCACCGCCUCGCUUAGGAGAGCACACGUCGGAAUUGCUGGAGGAGUUGGGAAUAGAGAUGCAACAGGCAGCGGAGCUGAAGAAGAAGGGGGUUAUCUAG